CUUAGGAGGGGAUCUGGACUCACUAGAUAGAUGGCUGUCUUCCUGGGCAGUUUUUCCUGCUGCUGCUUGUGAUCCUUACGUGCCUAUAUAUAUAUACAUAUACACACACACACACACACACUCUCAUUCUUUCCCUCGCUUACCCAACCUUCCGACAAAGCCACCACCAUUUCCUAAGGGACAGUAGCUUCUCUGAUCGGAAAGUGAGAGGGCUUUUUACAUUGCUGUCAUACAACCAACAUGGUCACCUUUGUUCGGGUGGCGGGGUAGAGGUGAGAGGGACAGCUUAAUAAAUGUGGGGAUGCUCCUCCCAUCCUGCACCAUCCCGAGAACUAAAGAAGGUCACUUUCUCUUUAAAUGUAAAUUACCUCCUGCCAGCUCAGCUUUCACAGCUCUGUAACUAGGAGGAGAGGGCUGAGGGCGGAGGGAGCCCACAAGGAAGCCUCACGCCAGACCCCAAACCUUCAGGACCUGAGUCCCAGCCCACAACCAAUGGAGGACAAGAAGAAGAAAAGGAGUCCUAAACCCUGCCUGACCCAGCCAGCCCAGGCCCCAGGCACGCUACGCAGGGUCCCCGUGCCCCCCAGCCACAGUGGCUCCCUGGCCCUGGGACUCCCUCAUCUGCCAUCCCCUAAGCAGCGGGCCAAAUUUAAGAGGGCAGGCAAGGAAAAAUGUCGCCCAGUGCUGGUCGGAUCAGGGGGUGGCUCUGCAGGCACGCCUCUGCAGCACUCCUUCCUGACUGAGGUGACUGAUGUCUAUGAGAUGGAGGGGGGACUGCUGAACCUGCUCAAUGAUUUCCACUCCGGCAGGCUGCAGGCUUUCGGAAAGGAAUGCUCCUUUGAGCAGCUGGAGCACGUGCGGGAGAUGCAGGAGAAGCUGGCCCGGCUGCACUUCAGCCUGGAUGUGUGUGGGGAGGAGGAGGACGAGGAGGAGGAAGAGGAUGGUGUCACUGAGGGGUUGCCUGAGGAGCAAAAGAAGACAAUGGCAGACCGCAACCUGGACCAGCUGCUAAGCAAUCUGGAAGAUCUUAGUAAUUCUAUACAGAGGCUGCACCUGGCCGAGAACGCUGAGCCUGAGGACCAGUCGACUGUGUAGGUGCCGGACCCAGGCGCACACUGCCCCCUCCCAUUCCCUUUAAACUGUGACUUUUAUGGAUUCGACGGGGUAUUCCGCGGCCCCCCAGGUGCUAUGGGGAGGGGGGCAUUGGAUGGAAUUAAACCAGAAAAAAAGCAA